AUGUCGCACAAGGGAAAGAAUAGUGCGGGCUCCUCCAAGGGCAAAAAGCCCACAAAAUCCGGCGCCGAGAGCAAGAGCGAAGAUGUGCUCCAGGCUGUGGUCCUUGCAGACUCCUUCCAAGAUAGAUUUCGCCCAUUCACAGUAGAAAAGCCACGAUGCCUCCUCCCGCUAGCCAACACACCUCUGAUCGAGUAUACGCUGGAGUUCCUUGCUAUGAAUGGCGUGAACGAGGUCUACAUCUACUGCGGCGCACACACCGACCAAGUCGAAGACCACAUCAACCGGUCCAGAUGGGCGACGACUUCUCGAUCCUCUCCCUUCUCCGUCGUGCAGUUCGUUCGAGUGUCUGAUGCGCGGUCCGUUGGAGAUGUCCUCCGAGACAUGGACAAGCGCUCUCUUGUCGACGGCGACUUUAUUCUGGUGCACGGUGACCUGGUUUCAAACAUCAUCCUGGACGAGGCGUUGGCCGCGCACCGAAAACGGCGAGAGACUAGUGCGGCCAACAUCAUGACUCUGGUAUUAAGAAGUGGUGGGCUUGUAGAACAUCGCACAAAGACGAAUGGAAUUACGCCGGUGUUUGCAAUCGACGCCAAAAACCAAAGAUGUCUUCACUACGACGAGAUCAGCCCGCUACAAAGCGACCACUACAUCACUCUAGACCCUGCGAUCCCGGAUGAGUUGUCAACGGACUUUGAAGUGCGGGCAGACCUGAUCGAUGCACAGAUCGAUAUUUGCACACCCGAGGUGCUGGCCUUGUGGUCAGAGAGUUUCGACUAUGAGCUGCCACGGAAGAACUUCCUGCACGGUGUCUUAAAAGAUUGGGAGCUUAAUGGAAAGAUGAUCUAUGCUGAGGUGCUUGAGGAAGGUUAUGCUGCUCGUGCCAGCAACCUUCAGAUGUACAGCUCGAUCAGCCAGGAUAUCAUUAGCCGCUGGGCCGCACCCUUCCUCCCUGAAAACAACAUCAUCCCCUCACAAAAAUACACCCGGCUGUCGAAUGGUGCUGUCAUAGACAACAGUGUCACUCUGGCCAGUGACGCCAAACUUUCAAAAUCUGUUGUUGGGCGCUUCACAACCAUCGGAGCCGGAAGCAAGAUUACCAACUGUGUCAUCGGCAAGGACUGUAAGAUCGGGUCCAACGUGACAUUGGAGAACUCUUACCUGUGGAAUCAAGUUACAAUCGAGGACGGUGCUCAUAUCUCCCAGUCAAUCCUGGCUGAUUCCGCCCAUGUAGGCGAGAAGUCUAGGAUAUUCUCCGGAUCCCUCCUAUCGUACGGAGUCCAGAUCGACAAGAACAUCACUCUCCAGGAUGGGGUUGUCGCAUCCACGGUCACAUCUUCCGGCGCCCCUGCGACAAAGAAUGCCAAGCUCCUCGGGGAUUCCACCAAUGCAGGCGUCUUCUACGACUCCGAAGACGACGAACUAGACGAACAGGACCCCUCGAGACUCCAAAAGUCUCUCCUCUACUCCCUCGCCAACCUCAACAUCUCCACAUCCACAAUCUCCACCCUCGCCUCAGCCAUCGACUCCGACGACGAGGACGACGGCAUCAUCUCCGAAGGUGCCACAUCAACACGCUCCCGCCUCCCCUCCUUCGCAUCUGACGACUCCGCAGGCCGCGCCGGCUUCCACGCCGACGCCGUCCACGGCCUCGUCGACGCCCUCCGAGCCGAGACCGGCGACUUCGACUCCGCCAAGCUCGAGUUCAUGGGUCUCCGCCUCGCCAACGACGCCUCCGACCACAUGAUGCGCAAGGCUGUCGCCGCCGCCUUUGCCCGCCGCGCCGCCGAGCUCCUCACCCCCGAGCACGGCUCCCUCGAGCCCAGCAAGGCCGCCGAGAAGGCCCUCACCGCGCGCAAGGGCGCCACCAAGUUCAUCGACGAGGUCGGCGUGGGCGGCGGCGAGGCCGAGCAGGUCGAGUUCGUCCUGCAGCUGCAGAAGGCGCUCCAGUACGUCAAGGGAGUCGAGACCCCUAGGGCGGGGAUCCUCCUCGCGGCCCUGCUGCAGCAGCUCUACGCUCUGGACAUCCUCGAGGAGGAAGGCAUCCUUGGAUGGUGGAAGGACGCACGCGCUGUUGAGAAUGAGACGUUGACGACGCUCAAGGAGAAGAGCAAAGUGUUGGUGGAGUGGCUUGAAAACGCCGAGGAGGAGGAUGACGACGACGAAGAGGAAAGUGACGAUGAGUAG